AUGAAUCCAACGGGUUGGAGAAUUUUGUUAGAGGCUUUCUUGUUCACACUACCCAUGAUGAUUGCAAUCUUUUUGUCGACGGAGUCAUUUAUAUGGGUAGUAGUUCAACAAUUUGUUUUCAAAAUGGUCGUCCCUUUAUACGAGGAUUUCAACAACAAAACAAGAGGGGGAAAAAAAGAUGUAUCAAAAAUUUGGGUUUCAUCUUGUCCAUUCUUGCGAUUGAAAAGAUUUAAACAUUUUGUAAAUGUUUCAGCAACCAACAAUCAUGUUGUAGGAACAUUCGAACAUUCAGUAGAAUCCAUCUUCCAAAUGGUACAUAAUGAUCCAUCAUCUAAAUCCAAUCAAUCUGCGAUUGACGUUUUAGAAUAUUUAUUGUCAGAGGCAAACUUGAAAAAGAAACGACGUAUUAGAUACAUUGAAGAAAUAGCCCUUGGAUUGUCAGAUCUUCAAUGGGAUGUCCUACUUGAUUAUUGUUUGAAAAAUUCUACCGAAUCAAAAGUUAUAUCAAUCCUAUUUAAAGUCUUACCAUUCAUUGAAUUGACCAAACCAUCAUCAUCAUCUUAUCCUGAAGAGAUAUUGGUGGCCAAUGGGCUUGCAAUACACCUUUUAACCAACUUUAGGACUGAUAUGGUAGACCUUUACUAUGAGGCAAGAGUUCACUCUUUAUUCCUCAAGAUGCUUAGAAAUGAAACAAAUAAUGGUGAAUUUAAUAUAGUACAGAGGGCAUCUAUUUUAUUCUUUAACAAAUUUGGUUAUCAUGACAUUAAACAUAGUAUCAAAGGAUUCUCAACAGAAGAAAAAACACAAGCUCUUGUACUUUUAGACAGCCAUUAUCAAUCCUGCAGUAGUCUGAUCAUCCCUUCAUCUUUUAUUCGUCUCUAUUAUCGAUAUAAUAGUGAUAAAGAAAACCCAUUAUUCAAUCAACAGUUUGUCUUGGUAUUUUGGUUUCUGUUUUCAAUUAAUUUCAGUCCUUGCAAUGAUGAUGGAGAAACAACAGUCUAUUCAAGAGUCAACCUCUUUUUAUUUUAUGCUACCAUUGAAUAUGUAUUGAACAAGGUUUGUGCAUAUACAAAAGCAUUGACAAAAAGGAAUAUGACCGAUUGGAGAUUCAUUCCGGAAGCAGGCUCUAUUUUUCUUCAUUUCACAACCAUUGCAUUUUAUUUCAUCUUCAAUGUGCUUGUUGAUACAAAGUAUAGAGUAUGGACGUUAGUCUAUGUGUUUUUGCAAACUAUCUACCCCUUUAUUCUCGAUGGAUACAGUAAUGAUCACAUUCAACCUUAUUUUAAGAAUCUUGCUAAAUACAAAGAUUCUUUCAAACCUGUACCCGAUGGUUUCACCUUUGUACAAUAA